UGACAUACACUGCUUGUACACAUUUCACCCUCGUCCAACACUGUUUUCAAUGUUCAAACCCACAGGUUCAAACCACAUGUUACGAUCGUAUCGUAUUCAAUUUUCGCAAACAUUUUGAAUUUUGUUUGUGUCAACAGAAGAAUAUUCUCUUACCAUUCACAUCACAAAUUGUCUCCUUAAGAUUUUGUUUGAUAAAUGCCUGGCACAGCGGGAAAGGUUAUUUAUUGCAAUGCUGCAGUAGCUUGGGAGGCUAAACAGCCACUUGUGGUUGAAACAAUUGAAGUUGCACCACCUAAAUCAGGAGAAGUUCGUGUUCAUAUUCUUGCUACAGGUGUAUGUCAUACUGAUGCGUAUACUUUGAGUGGGGUUGAUCCUGAAGGAGUAUUUCCUUGUAUUCUUGGACAUGAGGGAGGUGGCAUUGUGGAGAGUGUUGGAGAAGGGGUAACCUCUGUCAAACCAGGUGACCAUGUUAUUCCUUGUUACAUUGCUCAAUGUCGUAAUUGUCAAUAUUGCAAAAGUGAAAAAACAAAUCUUUGUAUUGCUGUCAGGUCAACUCAAGGCAAAGGUUUGAUGCCUGAUGGUACAACAAGGUUUAAAUGCAAAGGAAAAAAUAUUUUUCAUUUCAUGGGAUGUAGUACAUUUAGCGAGUAUACUGUAGUUGCUGAAGUGUCGAUUGCUAAGGUGUCUGAAGCUGCACCACUAGAGAAAGUGUGUCUACUUGGUUGUGGCAUAUCAACAGGUUAUGGUGCUGUGGUCAAUACUGCCAAGGUUGAAGCUGGUUCAACUGUUGGUAUUUGGGGUCUGGGAGCAAUAGGUCUUGCUGUUGCUAUGGGCUGUAAGAUUGUUGGUGCAUCUAGAAUCAUUGGUGUAGAUAUAAAUCCAGAUAAGUUUAAACUAGCAAAAGAGUUUGGCUGCACUGAAUGCAUUAAUCCAAAUGAUUUAGAUGAACCAAUUAACCAGGUUUUGUCAAAAAUGACAGAUGGUGGUCUAGACUAUACAUUUGAAUGUAUUGGUAAUGUUAAAACCAUGCGUUUUGCCUUGGAGUCUGCUCAUCGUGGCUGGGGGACAUCGGUUAUCAUAGGAGUAGCCCCCGCUGGAGCAGAGAUUUCCACUCGACCAUUUCAACUGGUCACUGGUCGAGUGUGGAAAGGAACUGCUUUUGGAGGUUGGAAAAGUCGUGAUGAUGUUCCAAAGAUUGUUGAGGAAUAUAUGACUGGGAAAGUAAAAGUGGACGAGUUUAUUACGUCAAAGAUGAUGUUGGAGCAAAUCAAUGACGCUUUUGAAUUUAUGCACCACCAAGUCGGCAGGAAUUUACGAACGGUGGUUGCGUUUCAAUGACAUUCAGAAAAUGGAAUCUUAAGUACAGUGAAGCAGGUCGUCUAUAAACGAUAUCGUAACUUUACUGCUGUACAAUAUAUUUUUUUCUGGAGUCAUUAUCACAUUCUGAAAAAUUUCUGUCAUGUUGAAAAUAUAUACUGUACAAAUGUUGA